UCUCUCUCGUUCCUCCUCCCAUGGACAACAUUGAACCACCAUCGUUCUCGCUAGGGUUUGAUAUCGAUACUGAGUCGGAGCUCCGAUUACCCUCCCAACGGAACCCUAGUUCUCCUGUUGCUUCCUGCGACCGCGUAAUCGGAGAUGGCGAUGAUGAGCUGGGUCUCACGAUAUCGGAUUCGGAUCCGGAGCCUGAACCGAAGUAUUCAAGUCGGGUUCUCAAGGAAUUGAGGAGAGGAACUAGCGCGGAACAAUCUUCGAAGAACAGUAACGUAGCCCUAGUUGAGGAGGUGUUAGGUCGUAGCGAUGAUCUAGACGAUGAUGUUGAGGAGUUCUCUUCUCCAGAUGAUUUUCUUGCGGAAGUACCUGCUUCAACAAGAUCUCGCUUUUCAUGUAGCAGUUCAAAGGUUCCGCUUCUUGUACCUGGGGUUUUGAAUCGGGUUUCCUCCCUGAGGGAAAAAGGGAAGCAGUUAGACGUUCCAAUGUCCAAUGGGUCUGGGAUUAGUUCUGCUGCAUCAUUGUUUCAAAGGUCAACUUGCAGUCCUCUUCGGAAAUUCCAGCUACUUGAUUCAGAUUCUGAAGAAGACCGCCCAUCCACCAGUAAAGGUGUGAGCAGAGUGACCGGUUCAAAUGGUUCAUCCUCAAAGGGUCUUCAAUCAGUUAGAAGUAAACCAAAGGAAAAUGAGUCGGGGUCCAUGUCGUGCACUGGAGAUCUAUGGAGAGAUUUCUCUCCCCAAGCUUUCCAGAUUCAUACACCUGCAUUAGAUGAUGUUUGUCGGGACUAUUUUCGCUCAAUGAAGGAGAAUUGCACACCUCAAAACUGUAGCAAUGCUGCUGCAAACAGUAAAACGGGUGAACAUUUUAACUCAAGUGGUCAGCAAGCUGAGCAAUGUUGGGAUUUUGCCCACCCAUCUCCCCCCUCUCAUCGUUUCUUCCUGCACAGUGAUCCUAGGAUCCGGGAUUUAGCCCGAAAGCGUUUGCCAAACUUCUCACCUCUGGGAAUUGUCGAUGGCAAUGGGAGCCGGCAGAGCUUAUUCCUUAUUGAUUAUAUGAACCAAUUUGGCACCAGAGGGAAUUCGAAAACUGCAAACACUCGCAACAAGAUUCACUCAAGUGGACAAACCAAGUCAAAGGUGUCAAAGAGUCAAGAAGGCUUACAUGCUUCAGAAGGUUGGUUGAAUCCUAAAACGAGUUCUGCUGCUCCAAAGGACGCCGGCAAAAGGCGUGUUUCAGCAAACAGUGGCUCUGCAGGCCACUGGUAUACUUCACCAGAAGGAAGAAAGGUAUACGUUUCCAGAACAGGACAGGAGCUUUCUGGCCAAAGUGCAUAUAGAUGUUUUAAAAAGGUCAGAUUCAUAAUGCAGAGUUACAUGUCAUCUAAGAAGAUUCUAGUAUCCUUUACAUCGAUUGAACGUCUUUUUUUUUUAACUACGAAGAGGUAACAUGUCUUUAGUUUACAAAUGGAUAUGGAUUUGAGGAUGGAAAUAGAUUAGAAAUUGUUUUCGGAAUGAUUUGUCUUUGCGGUGUUUAUCCACUUAAUCUUCAGUCAUAAGCAGGGUGAGUCACUUCUGAGUGGCAGAGUGUUCUAUCAACUUGUUCAUCUCGAGUUAUACACAUGUGACAAAGAUUGGUGUGAUCUACUCACGUAUAUGCUCAAAGGUUGUCCUACCCUACGAGUUCUAGAACUCAACAGUGUAUACCGACUUCUCGCUCAAGUUUCCAGUUUGAUAUUCGCUAGUGCACUGUAUUUAAAUUUCUUACUAUCUUGGUCGCAGAAAAGGUUGUACGAAGAUCCCCGAACUAGGUGAAAACGAUCAAAUCAUGUGGUUCGAUGUCUACUGUUGAGCCUGGAAACUUUUCGGUGGAAAUGUUGUAAAGGACGGGAGGCACAAAAAGAAGUGACGAAGUAUAUCCUAACAAAUGCAAAAUAUUUGAAGAUGGUAGCUAUUUACCCGGAUGUGUACCUCGAUCGGGUCCAGAAACUUGGCAUAGUGAAGGAAUUGGCUUCAAUUCCCAGGGGUUCAACUUCAUGCCAGCUUGUAUUUGGUUUGAUUUUCUUGAUUUGAUUUUAUCUUCCACUUUUGUAUCUUUUAUUACUUACCUCUUUAUCCUUAUUUUCUUAUGUUGAUUUGAUUUUA